ACAACAACAAAAAAAUAAAAAAAAAAUGAAUCGGAGAUGAAAAUCUGAAAUAAAACAACAAAAGCCGAAAAAAGCUGCAACACAGAGAUAGCAAAAAAAAAAAAGAAAAAAAACAAUGGCGGACGUCUCUAAUCUGACCAUACUCUGUUGUUCUCCAUCAUUUCUCGGCAGAAGAACUUCUAAAAAUGUAAUCUCUUGUUUCUCUCUCAACAACAUAUCUUCUCUUUCAGUUCUUAGAUCUUACGAUAUUACGACCAGAAACCGAGGACCAGUUAAAAUUAUUGAUGGCGGAAAUAAAAGAAGAAAUGGGAUUGCAGUGGUUCGAGCAAUGUCUGCAUCUUUUGGGUCUCGAUUAGAAGAAAAUGUCAAGAAAACACUUUCUGAUAAUCCCGUUGUUAUUUAUUCUAAAACUUGGUGUUCGUAUUCUUCUGAGGUGAAGUCUUUGUUCAAGCGAUUAGGUGCGGAACCACUUGUUAUUGAAUUGGAUGAGAUGGGUCCUCAAGGGCCUCAAUUGCAGAAGGUGCUAGAAAGGUUAACAGGACAACAUACUGUGCCAAAUGUUUUCAUCGGUGGGAAGCACAUUGGUGGAUGUACAGACACGGUAAAGCUACACCGAAAAGGAGAACUUGAAUCCUUAUUGUCAGAAGCAAAGAGCCAAAGUACUCUGAGUUAGCAAACCAGUGGAUAGGGUUCUGUCAUUAUAUAUGUUUUUCAUUUACAAAAAACAAAAUUCAUUUUUAUCGUUCUAGGUUUCAGCUGUAAAAAUGAUACAUUUGUAACUAACGGAAUCAAAUUAAGAAAUCUCUUGAUACAUGUGUAUUAUCGUUUUGAUUAAGUUUGUUUCUUUUGAUGUCUCAUGUGAGAUGAA